GUUCCGCCUUCUGCAUCUACGUCCUCUCAGGCCGAGGCGACACUCGCCGGCCCCGCAAUCGGCGAGAAACCGAAAAUAGGGUUUCUGUCAGAUUCCUGCAGGAGAUUCAUCCUUCUCCGACAAUGGCCUCGGAUUCUUCUAUGUCGCGUAUUGAUCAGUUUUAUGCUUCAAAGAAGAGGAAACACCAGUCACCAAAUUUGAAGUCUCGGAGAAAUGAGAAUAAUGUCGUGUCAGGAGAAAGGUCUCCUGGAGACAAAGGCACUUUGGAUAGUUACUUGAAAGCCUCGCUUGAUGAGAAUGGUACUAGGAUUACUUUGCAUAAUGAUAGUGGGUUGCAGGCCAGGCAGGAAGCAUUCAGCAGAAAUUUGGCUUUAGAGGUUUCUGCCACUUCUGUUGGUGAAACUGGAGAUCCCUCUUGGCCGAAAUCAGUAGGUGAAACUUCUGAUGGUGAUGAACGGUGUACGAAGACUGUAUUUCAAGUAUCACAUAGAGAAGAUGUCGCUAGAGCUGAAGUUCCUGUGGCAAACAAUUCUGUCUGUGCUAAUCAGAUCGAGAACUCAGACCUAAAGCAUUUUGCCACCAGUUUCUUGUCCUUGUAUUGUAGUGAUGUCCAGUCUGUUGCAAGCUCACCUUCACAAAGAAAAGUAAUUGACCUUAAACGACAUGCCUGCUCAUCAUCACUUGAUAUAAAAACUUCCAACAAGAGGCUAUGCGCCUCUGAUAAUUUACUGUCAUCAGAUGAACUUGCACAUCCUCUUGGGAGUAAACCUGAAGACUCACUAACUGGUAUUGUCGAUAAAAGAAAUACAUCUUUUUCUUGCUCCCCGAAGAAGGAGAUUCAGAGUAAUGGUUCUGUUGCAGUUCAAUUGAGCUUGAGGAAGUGUAAUAAGAGACUUGAAUCAGCUGCACAUCUUCCUGACUGCCGUUCACCGGGAUUAGUCGUUAAAUCAUGUCCUAUUGAAACCCCUAAGUCAGGAUGUGGUAGCUCAAUGUUCUCACCUGGAGAAGCUUUCUGGUAUGAAGCAAUUGAAGUUGCUGAUGGUUUGGUGAAUCGAACUGAAAAUUUCAGUUCUUUAGAAGGUCAAAAUGGAAAAGUUCAGGAUAGGACUAAUCUUUCAUGCAGUGAUAAAAAUGAUAACUGCAAUGACAAGAGAAGUUUAGAUUUAGGUGAAAGCAGAGUAAGGGAUACAGAUUUUUUUAAUUCUUCAAAGGUGUUGGAGAAGCUCAGAAAAGAUUCCAAGAAAGAUGCAUCCCCACUACCCAUAAAAAAUCUCGAACUUCUGUUUCAGGAUAAAAAAUCAGGUGGUAGCACCCAAGAUCAACGGGCUACAAAUGAUCCAAACAAUAUCCCAGGCAGAAGCAUCAAACUCUAUGAAUGUGGUUCUGUUGACCAGAUAGGAUCCAGAAAUAUUGAUAGUACAAAAGAGGUUCAGGCAAAUAACAAUUUGCAAGGCAAGAUUUAUAUAGAAUCUGAAGGAAACAGAAAUUUAUUGCUUGAGGAUGAUGAUAGCAUAAGAUCUGUUUCACCGGCAAGCGACUUGAGGAAAGCAGCUAACUCUUGUGGGUUUGAUGGAGCACAUACUCCUUCAAGCUCUUGUCCACAUAGGGAUGGCUCAGGUCUUAGCCACUGGCUUCCUUCUGAAGUUUGCAACGUAUACAAGAAGAAAGGAAUUUCUAAACUCUAUCCUUGGCAGGUUGAAUGCCUUCAGGUAGAUGGUGUUUUGCAGAGAAGGAAUCUGGUAUAUUGUGCUUCUACAAGUGCUGGUAAAAGUUUUGUAGCUGAAGUAUUGAUGCUGCGGCGGGUCAUAACAGCUGGAAAAAUGGCGUUGCUUGUGCUACCUUAUGUAUCCAUUUGCACCGAGAAGGCAGAGCACCUUGAGGUCCUUCUUGAACCACUUGGGAAGCAGGUCCGUAGUUACUAUGGAAAUCAAGGGGGUGGAACACUUCCUAAAGACACUUCUGUAGCUGUUUGCACAAUAGAGAAGGCGAACUCUUUAAUAAAUCGGUUGCUUGAAGAGGGUCGCUUGUCCGAAAUUGGGAUUAUUGUUAUAGAUGAGCUACACAUGGUGGGUGACCAGCAAAGAGGAUAUCUUUUGGAACUUAUGUUGACGAAACUUCGCUAUGCUUCUGGUGAAGGCACCUCAGAAUCAAGCAGCGAUGAGAGUUCUGGAAAUAGUAGUGGCAAGAUUGAUCCCGGUCAUGGCCUACAAAUUGUGGGGAUGAGUGCUACUAUUCCAAAUGUCGGAGCAGUCGCUAACUGGCUUCAAGCAGCACUAUACCAGACAGAUUUUCGACCCGUUCCACUGGAGGAGUUAAUUAAAAUGGGUAACACCAUUUACAAUAAAAAAAUGGAGGUUGUAAGAACACUAUCAAAAGCUGCUGAUAUGGGAGGUAAAGACCCAGAUCAUAUUGUGGAACUUUGCAAUGAGGUUGUUCAAGUGGGAAAUUCGGUGUUAAUUUUUUGUUCAAGUAGAAAAGGAUGUGAAUCAACUGCGAGGCAUAUUUCAAAGCUCAUCAAGAAAUUUCCUGUAAACGCUGAUGGCGAUAAUUGUGAGUUUACUGAUAUCAAUUCUGCUAUUGAUGCCUUACGAAGGUCUCCAUCUGGAGUAGAUCCUAUACUAGAAGAAACUCUUCCUUCUGGGGUUGCCUAUCACCAUGCUGGCCUUACAGUCGAAGAAAGAGAGAUAGUUGAAACUUGUUAUCGUCGAGGUCUUGUACGCGUGUUAACAGCCACAUCUACUCUGGCGGCUGGGGUUAACCUCCCUGCAAGGAGGGUCAUUUUUCGACAACCGAUGAUUGGCCGUGAUUUUAUUGAUGGAACGAGGUACAAGCAAAUGGCUGGUCGAGCUGGUCGGACUGGGAUUGAUACACAAGGAGAAAGUGUGUUGAUUUGCAAACCUGGGGAAGUCAAAAGAAUUAUGGCCCUUCUUAAUGAGAGCAGCCCACCAUUGCAGUCCUGUUUGUCUGAGGACAAAAAUGGAAUGACUCAUGCAAUAUUAGAAGUUGUAGCUGGCGGUAUUGUUCAGACAGCCAAAGAUAUUCAUCGUUAUGUGCGGUGUACUCUUCUAAAUUCCACAAAGCCCUUCCAAGAUGUGGUCAAAUCGGCUCAGGAUUCUCUGCGCUGGCUGUGCCACAGGAAAUUCCUUGAGUGGAAUGAAGACACAAAGUUAUACAGUACAACACCCCUCGGGCGUGCAGCUUUUGGCAGUUCACUCUGCCCAGAGGAGUCACUUAUAGUGCUGGAUGACCUUCUAAGAGCGCGUGAAGGAUUAGUUUUGGCUUCUGAUUUGCAUAUGGUUUACAUUGUGACACCCAUCAAUGUUGAUGUUGAACCAAACUGGGAAUUGUAUUACGAACGGUUCAUGGAAUUGUCUGCUCUUGACCAGUCUGUCGGAAAUAGAGUUGGAGUCGUGGAACCUUUUCUAAUGCGCAUGGCCCAUGGUGCACCGGUGCGCGCUUUGAACAGAUUAAGAGAUAGAAUGAAACAUUUGCGUGGAGAAUAUGAUGAACAGAAGGGUACAACAAGCAAUAAUAUGCUUUCAGAUGAACAGAUGCUACGAGUGUGCAAACGGUUCUUUGUCGCUCUCAUCUUGUCGAGAUUAGUUCAGGAAGCUUCUGUAUCUGAUGUGUGUGAGGCCUUUAAAGUUGCUAGAGGUAUGGUUCAAGCACUACAGGAGAAUGCCGGAAGGUUUUCUUCCAUGGUUACUGUAUUUUGCGAGAGGCUUGGGUGGCAUGAUCUGGAAAGUUUGGUCGCCAAGUUCCAGAACCGUGUUUCAUUUGGUGUGAGAGCUGAGAUUGUUGAACUUACUAACAUUCCAUAUGUAAAGGGUGCAAGAGCUAGAGCAUUGUACAAAGCUGGCUUCCGUACACCACAGGCAAUAGCUGAAGCAUCCAUUCCCGAAAUUGCCAAAUCCCUCUUCGAAUCUUCAGCAUGGGCAGCAGAAGGACAAAGACGGAUACAGUUGGGAUUAGCCAAGAAGAUCAAGAAUGGGGCGCGGAAAAUUGUUCUCGAGAAAGCAGAAGAGGCAAGGGUUGCUGCCUUCUCUGCUUUUAAAUCGCUUGGAUUGGAUGUUCAUCAGCUAUCUAAUCCCUUACCUUUGACUCCUGUUAGGAGCCCGAUUCGGCAGGAAUCUAGUGGAAAUAACAUUUCUAGUGGCUCGGUUGGUCCUAGUGAAAGUGAAAUACAACCUUAUCCUGACAAAGUAACAGUAGAGGGCAACAUGGAAUGUGGAGAAAAUUGCAGAGAAAAAUUAGGGGAAAUAUCAGGUGCUGCCUUGGGGUCAGAAGUAAACUUGACCUGUCCUCUUCCUGAUUCUCAAGCUAAAGGAACAACAGUAGGCGGUAAUAAGGUCGAUGCUGCCAGUAUUCGUCCUUGUGAUGCUAACGUUCUCCCAGUUAAUGAUGACAAGGAGAUAAGAUAUGAGAGCUAUGUCCAGCAAGAGUUGAGGAGUGAUGCCACUCUCGAUGACAGUAAUAAAGAUAGCACAAAUAAAAAAGGUCCUCUUACAGCAGGAAAUGUCCCUGGUGGAUUUGAUUCUUUCCUGGAUCUCUGGGAGUCCGUUGGAGAAUUUUUCUUUGAUGUCCACUAUAAUAAACAUCAAGAAUUGAAUUCUUGUAUCACCUAUGAGGUCCAUGGCAUCGCCGUCUGUUGGAAAAGCUCUCCUGUAUACUAUAUCAAUCUUCAGAAGGAUCUGUUCAACUUGGAGUAUGGAGGAAAAGAAAAACACUUCAAGAAUACCUCUGUUGGCAAGAAUGAGGCUUUGGCUUCUUCCUAUCUGUCCGAUAUUAUCAAGAAUAGGUGGAACAAAAUCAGUAAAAUAAUGGGAAACACAAAUGCAAGAAAGUUUACAUGGAACAUGAAAGUCCAAAUUCAGGUGCUAAAAAAUCCUGCAAUUUCUGUUGAGAGGUGUGGUCGUCUGAAUCUUACAGAAGGGAUCAGGGGUCUUGAUUUGGUGAAUGGCUCCUGGUUGAUGAUGCCUCCACUCCACAUUAGACAUAGCAUUGACAUGGCCAUCGUGACAUGGAUUAUUUGGCCAGAUGAGGAAAGAAAUUCAAAUCCAAAUAUAGAGAAGGAAGUCAAAAGAAGGUUGUCUGUGGAGGCAGCAGCAGCUGCCAGUCGCAGUGGCCGAUGGAGAAACCAGAUGCGGAGAGUUGCACACAAUGGUUGCUGCAGACAUGUCGCUCAAAUACGAGCCUUGUAUUCAGCUCUUUGGAAGAUUCUUAUUUCUGAAGAACUUGUUGAAGCAUUGACAACCAUUGAAAUGCCGCUGGUUAAUAUCCUUGCAGACAUGGAGCUUUGGGGGAUAGGUGUUGAUAUUGAAGGAUGCCUAGCAGCACGUAAUAUUUUGCAGAAGAAAUUGUGGUCCCUUGAGAAGGAAGCCUUUAAGUUGGCUGGUAUGACAUUUUCAUUACACAAUCCAGCAGAUAUCGCUAAUGUGCUUUACGGACAGUUGAAGUUGCCCAUUCCAGAAAACCAUGGCAAAGGGAAACUUCAUCCAAGUACUGAUAAGCAUUGCUUGGAUUUUUUAAGGGAUGAGCAUCCUAUAGUCCCAAUUAUCAAAGAGCACCGUACUUUGGCAAAGCUCUUAAAUUGUACACUUGGAUCAAUCUGCUCACUUGCUAAGCUAUGCUUAAGCACUCAAAGGUGCACUUUGCAUGGCCAUUGGCUUCAAACAUCAACAGCAACUGGGCGGCUUUCCAUAGAGGAGCCUAAUCUUCAAAGCGUUGAGCAUGAAGUAGAGUUCAAGUUGGAUAAACAUGAAAAUGAAGUUAGUUCUGAUGCUGAUCAUCACAAAGUAAAUGCACGUGAUUUCUUUGUUCCGACUCAGGAAAAUUGGGUACUCUUGACAGCAGAUUACUCCCAGAUUGAGCUACGUCUUAUGGCACACUUUUCUAGAGAUUCAGCAUUGAUCGAACUCCUUAGUGAGCCAGAAGGUGAUGUCUUUUCCAUGAUAGCUGCAAAGUGGACUGGAAAGUCGGAGGAUUCUCUUGGUACACAUGAUAGAGAUCAGACCAAAAGGUUGGUCUAUGGCAUUCUUUACGGAAUGGGUGCAAAUAGACUUGCAGAACAGCUUGAUUGCAGCUCAGCUGAAGCCAAGGAGAAAAUUAGAGGUUUUAAAAGUUCUUUUCCAGGUGUUGCCUCCUGGCUUAAUGAAACAGUCUCGUUUUGCCGGCAAAAAGGAUACAUCCAGACUCUGAAGGGGAGAAAACGAUUUUUGUCAAAAAUAAAAUUUGGAAAUGCUGAUGAGAAAUCCAAGGCUCAAAGGCAAGCUGUAAAUUCCGUGUGCCAGGGAUCUGCUGCUGACAUAAUCAAGAUCGCAAUGAUAAACAUCUACAAUGUGAUUGCUGAAGAUGUCGAUGUCCCGGUAUCCAGUUCUUCACAUUCAGCUAAGUUUCACAUGAUAAAGGGUCGGUGCCGAAUUCUUCUGCAGGUACAUGAUGAACUUGUUCUGGAAGUCGAUCCCUGUUAUGUAAAAGAAGCUGCACUUUUGUUACAAACCAGCAUGGAAAAUGCUGUCUCACUUCUCGUCCCAAUACCUGUGAAACUGAAGUUUGGAAAAACUUGGGGAUCUCUAAAACCUUUUCAUACCGAUAAAGAUGUCAGCUAAUUUCAGUGAAGGUCUUCAUGUUGGGAAUUCCCUCGAUUCUCAAUUCGAGAUUUUCCGACUGUUUUUGGGGCGACUGGCUACCUGAUGCUGUAUAUAUGAAGAUGAUGAUCUGACACAGCCUCAACUAUCCUGCUUAAAGCAAACUUUUUUUUUCCUUCCAUGACGAUCGGGAAUCAGUAAAAGAGAUGUUGGCAUGGGAAAAUUCUCACAGCGUCGGCAUAGAAGGAAGCAAGGACUUAUCAGAAUUCUAGCUCGGCAUUCGUUAAAUCAUGCUGCUACAACAGGAAUGUCGAUGGAAGUCGUCUAGAUCCUGAAUUCUUAAGAGAUAACUACACAUUCCAGAUCCGAAUACUUAGCUUUAGUCGGGAAAGUGAAUAUCAGGUUUCGAACAGAAAGAUUUGUGAAAGCUCAACAGAGAGAGUAAGCGUAGUCCUUUGUUACGUAACCCUUCCUCCGGUUGUCAGUUUCAUCCCCAAAAUCAGAAACCGUACGCCAAACAAUCCGGUUUGAUUUUCCGGUAGCUAGAAUCAAUAUGUACAUAACCGGCUACACGACCUUGUAUGACAUUAGGCAAUGAGUUCAACUGCAACCUCAACA